GAUACCCUUGUCGAGCUGGUUGUUAAGAAGAUGGAUGAAUCAGAAAACAUACAAAAGCCUCUGUUUCCCCCGCGCCUUGCUCACAAAAUGACUCUACUCCCCAGACCCCUUUUUUUCCACAAUCUGUACCGACGGACGUUCAUACGGAAGUGGUACAUGUAUUCUCCAUCCGUUUCACAGUUGCCCUGAGCUUUAUUAAAGAAAAAAGAACCCCUGAAUCCAUUAUUGCCUAUUCCUUUCAUAUCUCUCCCUCAAUCCAAAAGAAAUCGUUCCUCCCAAACGCCGACCGAACAUCAUCAGCGUAGCGAUUCCAGAAAAAAAUAAAAAUAAAAAUGCUCUCCACAAAGCGUACACGCACACCACCAGGCAAUCCAGAUAGUCUAUCCUCGAAGUAUGGAGCCGGAAAAAUUGUAUCUCGAUGCAGAAAACAGCAGCUGUUGAGGGACAGUCCGUCAGUAUCGCGACGCCUAGAUAGACGUCAGGGCUCAUCCAGCCCUCCAGAUGGACGAUCACACUCCCCAGCCGUCAUAACCCUCUGUGUAGGCCCUCAAAAACGCCUAUUCGCAGCCCACAAAGACAUCCUAUGCGUAUCCCCGUUCUUCGCUGCAGCAUAUACCCAAGCCCAACCGUCAGACUCUCCUAACAGACGGGUUAACCUCCCCGAUGAGCAACCGGAGGUGUUUUCGUGUAUUCUCGAGUACCUCUACAAGGGCGAUUAUUACCCCCAGCUGGUGCAUAACAAGCAAUUGAACUCCUGGGAGCUGGAAGAUACAGGGACCGAUAAGGAUGGUCAGAGUAACGGGGCGACUUUGUUCCAUAAUGCGGCCGGAGCGGAGAUACUGAGAGAUACAGCUGUUUACUGCGCAGCAGAUAAAUACGGCCUAGAUCUCCUGAAACGCCUAGCCCUCCGAAAACAAGGCCUACAUUCCGGCAUCCAAUGUAGUACCAUCCUCACUAGCGCACGCUACGCUUACAGUAAUACCCCCGAGAACGAGUCUAAGAUCCGGGCGCAUUACCUCGCUUUGAUCAUUCGGAGUCGGUCGACGUUUAAGCGGAGCGGUACGAUGCAGAUGGAGAUGGAACAGGGAGGGAAAAUAUUUUUUGAUCUUUUUGUUGCGAUGUGUAAUCAUAUGGAUGAUCUUGAGUCUAAGGCUGAGCCUUCUCCAGGUUGUUGAUAUCCACUGGUUUGGAGUAUUUGUGUGACUUUGGUUAUUUGAUAUUUAAUGUAUGAUGGGAUGUUAUGAGGGUAAUAUUCUCAUUGAAUGGUCGAUUCUCUUUAGCCUGCUAUUUGUAUUAUUUUGGCUCUUGGUUAAGAGUCGAUGCAGGCUGUCUUGGCUUGAUGUCAUCUUGGAUCUACGCUAAACAGCGUGUUAUUUACCUCAGACGGAAUGGGGUGCUUUUAUAGUAGUAGAUAUAUAAAUAUAAUUCUAUGUACUAUUUUUUUUUUUUCAAUUCUUCACAUCUUGUAUCAGA